AUGGGUUUCUACAUAAAGGUUGAGGAGCUGCGUCCUAAAAAGGCAAGGAGGAGACUCAACAGCCAGGUGCUCAGGAUCUUCCGCAGUUCAGCAUGGAGUCGUGCCUGGCGCAGUCUUGCAGCCUUUUUGCUUGGUCUGCUGCUUGUCUUCAUUUAUGGUGUAACAGCAAUAUACAUACAGAAGCAUGCACUCUGGUACUGCAUCAUCACCACGGUAACCAUGGCCGCCUUCACAGCCUUCGGAAUGGGUUUCUCCGUUAGUGUGCGUGCCAACAUUACACUCAUGCUUCCCAUGCUGUGCUCAAGGGAGGGCAAAAAAAUCCUGCUCUUCCUCAUCAUCACCCUUGUGGUUCAAGGCCCCUUGAACAACACUCUGGAAAACUUUGACCGAGCAGCAGCCAGUAUAGUAUGCGGAGCCGAGUUAGCCAUGAACCAAACCCAGGAACUCAUGCAGCGAGCUGCCACUCCUCUGCUGCCUGUGCUGGAGAAGGUAAGGGAGGUCAGCAGGAACGCCUACUCACUGGCAGGCAGAGUGCAGAACUUCAUCAGAGCUCUUACUGAGUCUGUACGCCAUGUCUCUCGUUCUCUGAGGAACGUGCUACACUUCUUGGUGAGCAUCGGCGAUGUCUGUAAUGAGAAGAUGGGAACACCGUAUAAGAAAUGUAACACAGUGUUUGACGAGGGCCGUGCUGACUGUAUGGAGCUGCUCUCAGUGUUCUCUUUCCUCUGCCACAUCUUGGAUGGCUUCAGACCUCUCUGUGGCCUCACGCGCGUUGGCGAGUUCUUAUGUCUCUUACCCUCAUAUAUUGGAAACCAUCUAAAGAGAAAACUGGCUUACCCAAUUAUUGCAGCAUUCAAUCAAAUGAAGAAAGAGUUUGAGUUCAACAUGUCGGCCUCUGUGCACUUUGAGAUGGAUCUGAACAGCAGUCAGUCUGUGCAGCAUAUGGUUCAGAAGAUCAUGGAGGAAGUGUCAAGGGACCGAGAGCAUGUCCUGGACCUCAUGGGUCUACUGACCUACGUGGGCCUGUUUCUGCUGCUGUUCAUGUACCUGCAGGCAGUCCUGUACAAAAACCAUUACCUUCAUGUAGACGAUUUUGACAACUUCUACAUAACAGAGCAAUUUGUAGAGAUGGACCACAAGUUCUCUAGACAAGGAAAACCAGCAGUUCUGCCCCUCAGUGAGAAAGAGGCUCUGACCUACAUCACACCCUAUAGUUUGCGGUUGACGGCUCGAGAGAAGCAGAGAAUCGUGACCAACCUGGUGUCUAUGCUUAAGCACGUGGUAAUGGGCUGUGUGGUGAUCGUCUUAGACCUCAUGGUGUUCUGGGUGUUUGAUGUUCUGCAUUACCAUGCUCAAGAAGAGAUUGUGGCUAGCGCUCCUUUGGUUGUGGACUUACAAGUGAGUGGCUCAGGAUAUGCUUCUGACAUCUUUAAGGAUAUUCUGGCCUCCUUUGACAUUCUGCAGAAAGGGAAUAUUACAAUACUGAACAAGAAGUGCCUUAUGGAACCUCUGGAGCCAGAAUACAUGGUCUACCUAUUCAUAGGCUUUCUUUAUGGUCUUGCCUUUUUCGUGGUGCUUGCUGGAAGUUAUGCGAAACGACUGCAGAGGUUUGUGUGCGCACGUUACCACCCUCAGCGGGAAAAAGUGAGGAUUCUGCAACUCCGCAGUCGUAUCCUCUCUCAGCGUGGCUCGCUGGGGAAAGCUUUGCUGCGGGUGGUGGCCAGGGAACAGGAGAACCAGGGAAAUGGCAGUGUACUGCAAACUUUGGCACUGCGUGUGCCAGGUGGAGUCACCAUAGCCAGAUUCCUGGGAUUGUAUGAUAAGUCAUGCCUGGCCUGUGGGAAAGCUGUGAAGGUCAAAAACCGCUCUAAUGUGUACACCUGCUCUACUCAGAACUGCACAGGGUGUUUCUGCAUGCACUGCUUCAGGGUAAUGGGGAACAUCUGUGCUGUCUGUAUGGGGCCCCUGACAUUCCAAGAAGACUCCCAGUAUGAGCUUGACUCCAGUGACGAGGAGCAAGAGAAUUUGUCAGAUGUGGCUAUGACAUCACACAUCAAUCAGAAUGCUGACAGGAUAAGACUGAUGAGGAGACGUGUGUCCAUGGCAAGUGAGAAGCCUGUAACUAAUGAGGACUGGAGUGAUUCACACAGCAGCAACUCUGAGCUCAGAGCUGAUGAAGACCAGUGCCAUACCUCAUACGUAUGAAUGUUUGAAAGCAUAGUUUGAGACCUGUGCAAGACAGAGGCCACUCUAAUCACAUUCCAGUACAAGUCCACCAUCAUCUAGAAGAACAGCAUUGUUGCUUUAACCCAAUAAAUCAUAUAAAAGUAUGUUAAUCACUAUAGGGUUUGUGCUUUCAUUAUAAAAUUUGAAAAU